AUGUUCAUUGAGCAGAUCGCAUCGUUUAGCACGCUCUUGAGCGACGUUACCAUGGCGUUGGUGCGUCCAAUCGACGGAUUUCAUGGUCCAAGGUACUCGAUGAUGCUCGCGCACUUGGCUACUGGUUCAACGGAAAUUCCGAACCCCAUGAGUAAUACCCCCGAUAAUUGUACCCAGUUCGUUUCAUUUGCAUGUUCAGCACUCUCACUUACCUUCUCACAAUCUACGCGCAUACGUACCACUACACAGCCAAAUAUUCCUUUGCGUCGAGUUCAAGCUGCUUUUAAUAGAUUGAAAAACUAUUUCAUCGAUGAACGGAUUUUCGAGGAUUAUCAAUUGAAAUGCGUACGUAAUCAGUUUCAGCAUGUUAUUCCGGGUAAUUUUAGAAUUCCAGGGCUUGAGUUUGCAAGUGUUAAUUACAUUACACUUUGUCGAAUGCAUCAGGGAGCUGUUGUACCUGCUCAUACCGUUUUUAAGCUGAGUAAUAAUUCAUAUCUUAUGACCAGUAAUGGAGUGAUAGUUUUCAAUGUUCCGAACUACGUGGCCAAUACGUCGUUCACAUGGGACAGGAUUACUAGCUACGUCUGUUUUAAUGAAGGGGCUAGUGAGCUGAAAAGAAUGAUUGACGUGCCGAUGAUAACUGUAGGCGAGAGAAACAUACAUGAGGGCAACACAACAGCACUACUACGUUCUACAUCUGCAACAGGUAACUAUUGUCAUUAUUUUGAACAUAUUACCAGUGUUACGGUGGCUGCGCAUGGUCUUCGUGCAUUAGCUUUGUGCUGA